GUCACGUGUCAUCACACCCGGGACAUGGAGUGUGAGAGGUUUGAUAGUCUGGACGGCUGGGUGGCGGUGCGCCCCAAUGUAUUCGAGGAGGCUGAACACUAUAAGCUGGGCUUUAUCGUGGCCUGGAACCAGGUGGAGAGUAAGUUCGCCGUCACCUGUCAUAACCGGACGCUGCAGCGGAGGAGGAAGCGGCGGGAGGAGGAAGAGGACGAAGCCGAGGAGCAGGUCAGCUGGGCCGGCCUGUACUCGGUGCGGGACCUGGAGCACAUCCACCACCAGAUGAGCUCAGUGUGCGGAGUCCUGGAGCACUGCCUGCCCAGCCUGCCGGCACCCAGCCCAGCGGGCAGCCUGUGGACUCUGAUCUUCCCCGGGGAGUCGUCAUGGGAGGUCGCUCCGGAGGAGCUGGAGGCCCUGUGCCGGGCUCUGGAGCUCUACUUGGGGGCCGCGGUAGAACAUUGCGGCCGUAAGAUCGUACUGGACGUGCUGUUCCCGGAGGAGCUCCAGGAGGAAGAGCGAUACUUCGAGGACCUGCACGAAUUCCGGAGGAAGAGCCUGGAGGAGCGGGUGACCCGAGCCAAGGAGGAGCUGAGGAAGAUUCUUCAUCAGCAUAAAAAUGCAGAUAAAAUGAUGUCUUUACUUAAAGUUUACGAGGAGGAGGAUGAAGCUUUUAUGGAAUUAGUUACCGUGGCAACCCACUUUUACCAAUACUUACUGCAGCCUUUCAGGGAUAUGAGGGAGCUUGCGAUGUUAUACAAGCUGGAAAUACUGAAAUCUCUUGACAAUGAUGACUUUGGCCCAAAACGUAUUGAGGCAUUGCAGAAGGAGGCCCAACAAUGGAAUACAAGAGCAGAAGAGGCCGUGCGCUCUAUACAGGAUGUGACUGUGAAUUAUUUCAAGGAGACUUCAAAAGCACUGGCUGCCAUGCAGAAACAAAUGGAACAGGAUGGGAGGAGAUUUGGACAAGCCUCAUGGGCCUCAGCACUACCUAGACUGGAAAGGAUAAAAUCCAUGUUGGCAAAAGAAGCACUUCAGCAUAUGAGAUCAAAGGAGAUGUGCCUGAAUCAGAAGAGGGCAGACAUCAAACAAAAAAUGGAGCACCUGAGCGAGGGGGUUGGAGCCAUGACACUGGUGGAUGAGCUGGAGUUGCAGUACUAUGAGACACAACUAGAGCUAUAUGAUGUUCAGUUUGAAAUAUUGAAGUAUGAAGAAAUGUUGCUUACAGCAGAACUUGCCUCACUGCGGAGGCAGAUGAAAGAGAAGGAGGAUGAGGUUAUCUACUAUGACACAUGUGAAGAUCCCCAAGAACUUCAGGCCUAUAUGCAGUCCCACAACAAUAACACCUCCAUAUACCUGAUGCUUAGAGGAAAAACACAGCAGCUAGAGUCUAAACGAGGGAAGAUCUGUGCAAGGCGGGCAUUGCUGAGGAAUAAAAAGGAUCAGUGCAACGAAACACAUGAGCUUAAACUGAAGGAGUACCAGGAAACGCAGAAACGGCUAGAACACCAUCAUUCUAUACAGAUGAAAAGAGACAAGAAUAAAGAAGAGCAGCGGAAGAAAAAGGAGUGGGUCGAUCUGGAACGUCAAAAAACGCUACUGCGAUUAAAAUCCUUUAAAGAUAAGAACGAAUCUCCUGUCGUACUAAAAACCUUGCGAAUACAACCUCGGCUCCCCAGAAAAUCUGAGAACUUAAAUCCCUCCCGGGUAACAAAGACGAUCAGAAGAGAUCCAGCAGAUAUCCCUGUUCAGAUCUUUGUAAAGAAGGGAAAUGUUGAAGAGACCCCAAGCAAUGAUAUUACUAAACUAGGCAAUAAUGUUCCGCCCCCGCCUACUCUUCCACCUCCUUCGGUGCCUCCUCGUCUGCUGCCACCACCACCACCACCUCCUCCACCGCCGCCACCACCUCCCCUACCACCAAUGAGUGCUCUUUUGUCAGUUCAAGCUCCAUUACCUCAUUCAGUAGCAACUUUAAACCCUAGAGAGCCUGAACUGAUGGAGGUUGAAAAUUGGGAUAGAAAAAGCACACCCAGUUCUCAAAAAACAAAUCCAAAUCAAUGUAUAGGUUCCAUGGAUGAAGUGCUGGCUUCAUUAAAAAGAGGUCAAAGUCUUUUACGAAAAGUGGAGCAACCACAAACCUCGACUGAUGUAAGAGACAGUAUACUAACAGCUAUCAGACAAGGAGUAAAGCUUCGGAAAGUACGCAAAGAAGCCGUGUUUAAAGAUCCUGAAAAUGAACUAGAGCGAAAUAUUAAGGCAGCCAUGCAAAGGAUGAAGAAAGCAUCAGCUGACUCAGAUGAUGAUGAUGAGGAGAGCAGUGAAUAUAGGAGUGGUGACUGGGAUGCUUAAUAUUCAUGAAUGAUGAAUAACGGUGUGUCUACAGUUUUAAUGUAAUAUAACACUAAGUCUCAAAGCACUGGAGCAAAACAG